AUGGCGGUCGUGACUAAAGAAUUAUACGAAUGGGGACCUAAUCUUUCCGGACCGGCUUUUCUAUUUACAAAGAGAGGAAAGCAGAAACCAGUAUUUGGCAUCGGCAGAUUAUCCAACUCUUUCACAUUUUCACAAGAAAAUGGUCAAGUAUCAGCGAUUCCCGCAGCCCUCCGCCACCAUCUUCCCGCUAAAAUAUUUUCCUUCAGCCGCCAGGCGACAAUGGAUUGUAACGUUAAACGAGGGAUUUCCAAGCGCUCAUCGUCAACUAAGGUUCCGAUAACCUUCCUUGAAGGCUGUUUCUUUCAUUCUUUUUCCUUCAUUCUUUCCUUUCAUUCUUUCUUUCAUUCUCAAUUUUCUUUCAUUCUUUUUUCUUUCAUUCUCAAUUCCUUUCUUUCUCUUUUCUUUCAUUCUCAGUUCAUUUUUUCUUUCAUUCAUUUCGUUUCUUUUCAUUCUCUUUUCUUUCAUUCUCAGUUUCUUUUUUCUUUCUUUCUUUUUCAUUCUCAAUUUCUUUGUUUCUUCUCUUUCAUUUUCUUUCAUUUUCAAUUUCUUUUUCUCUUUCAUUCUCAUUUCUUUCAUUCUCUUCUUUUCAUUCUCAUUUCAUUUCUUUUUUCUUUCAUUCUUUCUUUCUUUCAUUCUUUUCUCUUUCAUUCUUUCUUUUUUCAUUCUUUCUUUCUUUCUCAUUUCUUUUCUUUUCUUUUCAUUCUCAAUUUCCAUUCAUUUCAAUUUCUUUCAUUCUUUCAUUUUUCUCUUCUUUCAUUUCUUUUUUUUUCUCUUUCUUUCAUUUCAUUUCAUUUCUUUCUUUUCUUUCAUUCUCAUUUCUUUCAUUCUUUUUUCUUUCAUUCUCAAUUUCCUUUCAUUCUUUUCUCCUUUCAUUUCUUCGUUUCUUUUUUUCUUUCUUUCUUUCAUUCUCUUUUCUUUUUUCUCAGUUUCUUUCAUUCUUUCCAUUCUUUCUUUUCUUUUUUUCUUUCAUUUUCUUUUCUUCAAUUUCUUUCUUUCUUUCCUUUUUUUUUUCUUUCUUUUCUCAAUUUCUUUCAUUCUCUUUCUUUCAUUCUCAAUUUCUUUCAUUUUCUUUCUUUCAUUCUUUUCAUUCUUCUUUCAUUUCUUUCUUUCUUUUCUUUCAUUCUCAUUUCUUUUCAUCUUUCUUUCUUUCAUUCAUUUUCAUUUUUCUCUUCUCAAUUUCUUUCAUUUUUUCUUUUCUCUUUCAUUCUUUCUUUUCUUUCUUUCUUUCUUUCAUUCUCAUUUCCUUUCUUUUUCUUUCAUUCUCUUUCUUUUUGUUUCUUCUCUUUCAUUUCAAUUUUUUUUUCUUUCUUUCAUUCUCGUUUCCAUUUUUUUUUUUUCUUUCAUUCUCAAUUCCUUUGUUUUCUUUCUUUCAUUCUCAAUUUCAUUUUUCUUUUUCUCUUUCAUUUUCUUUCAUUCUUUUUUCUUUCAUUCUCAAUUCCUUUCUUUCUUUCUCUUUCAUUCUCUUUCAUUCUUUCUUUCUUUCAUUCUCAAUUCCUUUCUUUCUUUUUUUUUCAUUCUUUUUUCCAUUUCUUCUCUUUCUUUCAUUCUCAGUUUCUUUCAUUCUUUUUUCCUUCAUUCUUUCUUUCAUUUUCAUUUCUUUUCUUUCAUUCUUUCUUUCCUUUUUUCUUUCAUUUUCAUUUUCAUUUUUUCAUUUCUUUUUUCUUUUCAUUCUCAUUCCAUUUCAUUUUUUUUCUUUCAUUCUCAGUUUCAUUUUUCAUUCUCCUUCAUUCUCAUUCCUUCUUUUCUUCUUUCAUUUUUCUUUCAUUCUCUUUUUUUCUUCAUUCUUUCUUUUCUUUUUUCUUCUUUUCUUUCAUUCUCAAUUCUUUCUUUCUUUUUUCUUUCAUUCUCAAUUCCUUUUUUCUUUUUUCUUUCUUUCUCAUUCCAUUUAUUCUUUUCUUUCAUUCUCAAUUUCUUUCAUUCUCUCUUUCAUUUCAUUCUCAAUUUCAUUUCAUUUCAUUUCUUUCUUUCAUUUCUCAUUUUCAUUUCUCUUUCCUUCAUUUCAGUUUCUUUUUUUCUUUUCUUUCAUUCUCAUUCCAUUUUUUUUUUUCUUUCUUUCUCAUUUUUUUUUUUCUUUCUUUCAUUCUCAGUUUCCUUCUUUCUUUUUUCUUUCAUUCUCAGUUUCUUUCAUUCUCAAUUUCUUUCAUUUCUUUUUUCUUUCAUUUCUUUCAAUUUUUUCUUUUUUUCUUUCAUUUUCAUUUCAUUUCAUUCUUUCUUUCUCAGUUUCUUUCAUUUUCUUUUCUUUUUUCUCUUUCUUUUCAUUUCUCAAUUUCUUUCAUUUUUCUUUUUCUUUCAUUCUCAGUUUCUUUGUUCUCUUUCUUUUCAUUCUCAAUUUCUUUCUUUUUUCUUUUCUUUUUUUCUUUCUUUCAUUUCUUUCUUUCUUUCUUUCUUUUUUCAUUUUCUUUUUUCUUCUUUUUCUUUCUUUCUUUCUUUCUUCAUUUCAUUUUCUUUUUUUUUUUCUUUCUUUUUUCUUUCAUUUUUUUCAUUCUUCUUUCUUUCAUUUUUUUUUUUUUCAUUUCUUUCUUUCUUUUUUUUUUCUUUCAUUCUCUUUUCCAUUUCUUCUUUUCUCUUUCUUCUCAUUCUUUUUUUUUUUUUUCAUUUCAUUCUUUUUUCUUUUUUUCAUUCUUCAUUUCAUUUUGUUCUUUUCUUUUCAUUCUCAAUUUCUUUUUUCUUUUCUUUCAUUCUCUUUCUUUCUUUCUUUUCUUUCAUUCUCUUUCUUUUUCUUUUCUUUCAUUUUUUCUUUUUUCUUUUUUUUUCAUUUUUCAUUUCUUUUCUUUUCUUUCUCUUUUCUUUCUUUUUUCAUUCCAUUUUUUCUUUCUUUCUUUCUUUCUUUUCAUUUUCUUUUCUUCUUCUUCUUUCUUUCUUUCUUCUUUUCUUUUCAUUCUCAAUUUCUUUCAUUUUCUUCUCUUUCAUUCUCAUUCUUUUUUCUUUCAUUCUCAUUUCUUUCAUUCUCAUUUUCUUUUUUUCUCAAUUUCUUUUUUUUUUUUUUCUUUCAUUUCCUUCUUUCUUUUCUUUCUUUCUUUUCUUUCAUUCUCAGUUUCCAUUCUUUCUUUUCUUCUUUUUCUUUCUUUUUUCUUUUUUCUCAUUUCAUUUCUUUUCUUCUCUUUCAUUCUCAAUUUCUUUUUCUUUUUUCUUUUCAUUUCAUUUCUUUCUUUCUUUUCUUUUUUCAUUCUCAGUUCCUUUUUUUCUUUUUUUUCUUUCAUUCUCAUUUCUUUCAUUUCUUUCAUUUUUCUUUCCUUCAUUCUUUCUUUUGUUCUUUUUCUUUCAUUCUCAUUUCUUUCAUUUUCAAUUUCAUUUCUUUCAUUUGUUUUCUUUUCAAUUUCUUUCAUUUCUUUUUUUCUUUCAUUCUCAGUUUCUUUCAUUCUCUUCUCCUUCAUUCUCAGUUUCUUUCAUUUCUUUUCUUUCAUUUCUUUCUUUUCAUUUCUUUCUUUUCUUUUCUCAAUUCCUUUGUUUUUUCUUUUCAUUUCAUUUUUUUUUCAUUUCUCUUUCAUUUUCUUUCAUUUUUUUCUUUCUUUCAUUCUCAAGUUUUUUUUUUUUCUUUCUUUCAUUUUCAUUUUUUCUUUUCUCCUUCAUUCUUUCUUUGUUUCUUUUCUUUCAUUCUCAAUUUCAAUUUUUUCUUUCUUUCUUCAUUUUUCUUUCAUUCUUUCUUUUCUUUCAUUCUCAGUUUCCUUUUUUUCUUUUCUCCUUCAUUUUCUUUCUUUUUUUCAAUUUCUUUUCUUUCUUCAUUUCUUUCAUUCUUCUCUUUCUUUCAUUCUCAGUUCCAUUUUCUUUCUUCUUUUUUUCAUUUUUUUCAAUUUCUUUUCUUUCUUUCAUUUCAAUUCAGUUUCUUUUUUUCAUUUUUUCUUUUUUUUUCAUUUUUCAUUUCUUUUUUUCUUUCUUUCAUUUUCAUUUCAUUCUCAAUUUCUUUUCAUUUUCUUUCCAUUUGUUCUUUUCUUUUCAUUCUUUUUUCUUUCAUUCUUUUUUUUCUUUCUCAAUUUCUUUUUUUCUUUUUUCUUUCAUUCUCAUUUCUUUUUUUUUUUCAUUUUCUUUCAUUCUUUCAUUUUUUCUUUUCUCUUCAUUUCUUUCCAUUUCAUUUCUUUCUUUCAUUCUCAAUUUCAUUUCUUUCUUUUUUCUUUCAUUCUUUUUUUUCUUUUUUUCUUUCUUUCUUUCAUUCUUCAAUUUUUUUCAUUUCUUUUCUUUCAUUCUUUUCUUUUUUCUUUUUUUUCUUUCUUUUCUUUCUUUUUUUCUUUUUUCUUCAUUUUUCUUUUCUUUCAUUCUCUUUCUUUUCUUUCAUUUCUUCCAUUCUUCUUUCUUUCAUUUUUCAUUCCAUUUUUUCUUUCUUCAUUUUUCUUUCAUUUGUUUUCUUUCUUUCAUUCUCAUUUUUCUUUCUUUUUUCUUUCAUUUUCUUUCAUUUUUCUUUUUCCUUCAUUUCUUUUCAUUUUCUUUUUCUUCAUUUUUCUUUCAUUUUUCUUUUCUUUCUUUUCUUUCUUUUUUUUUUUUCUUUUUUCUUUCAUUUUCUUUCUUUCUUUCUUUUUUUCUUUCAUUCUCAUUCCAUUCAAUUUCUUUUCAUUCUUUCUUUCAUUUUUUUCUUCUCCUUUCAUUCUCCAUUUCUUUUUUUUUCUUUUCUUUUCAUUCUCAAUUUCAUUUCUUUUUUUUUUCUUUCAUUUCUCAUUUUCAUUUUCUUUCUUUCAUUCUUUCAUUCUUCUUUCAUUUUCUUUCUUUCUUUCUUUCAUUUCUCAUUCUUUUGUUUCUCUUUUCUUUCAUUCUUUCUUUCUUUCUUUUCAAUUUCUUUUUUUUUUUUUCUUUCUUCAUUCUCAAUUUCUUUUGUUUUUCUUUCUUUCAUUCUCUUUCCUUUCAUUCUCUUUUCUUUCAUUCUCAGUUUCUUUUUUUCUUUUUCUUUCAUUCUCAUUCCAUUUAUUUCUUUCUUUCUUUCAUUCUCAAUUUCUUUGUUUCUUUUUCUUUCAUUCUUUCUUUCAUUUUUCUCUUCUCUUUCAUUCUUUCAUUCUUUCUCUUCUUUCAUUCUCAUUCCAUUUUUCUUUUCUUUCUUUCUUUCAUUCAUUCUUUCAAUUUCUCUUUUCUUUCAUUCUCAUUCCAUUUUUUUCUUUCUCCUUCAUUUUUCUUUCUUUCUCUUUCUUCUUUCAUUUCUUUCAUUUUCUUUCUUUCUUUUCUUUUCUUUUCUUUCUUUUUUCAUUCCAUUUCUUUCUUUCUUUCUUUCUUUUCAUUCUCAUUUUCUUUCUUUCUUUCUUUUCUUUCAUUUUCUUUCUUUUCAUUCUCAAUUCCAUUUCUUUCUUUCUCUUCAUUCUUUUUUCAUUUCUUCUUUUUUCUUUCAUUCUUUUUUUCUUUCAUUUCUUUUUUCUUUCAUUUCUCUUCUCUUUCUUUUUUCAGUUUCUUUCUUUCUUUUCUCCUUCAUUUUUUUUCUUUCUUUCCUUCAUUCUCUUUCUUUCAUUUCUCAAUUUCUUUCUUUCUUUCAUUCUCUUUUUCUUUCUUUCUUUCUUUCAUUCUCUUUUCAUUUUCUUUCUUUUCUUUCUUUCUCAUUUCAUUUCUUUCUUUUUUCAUUUUCAUUCUUUUCAUUUUUUCUUUUUUCUUUCAUUCUCAUUUUUCUUUCUUUCUUUUAUUUUCUUUCUUUCAUUCUCUUUCCUUCAUUCUCAAUUUCUUUCAUUUCUUUUUCUUCAUUCUCUCUUUCUUUUUUUCUUUCUUUCUUUCAUUCUUUCCUUUCAUUUCUUUCUUUCUUUCUUUCAUUUUCUUUCUCUUUUUCUUCUUUCAUUUCUUUCUUUCUUUCAUUCUCAUUUUCUUUUCUCUUUCAUUCUCAGUUUCUUUCUUUCUCUUUCUUUCUCUCUUUCUUUUUUUCUUUUCUUUCAUUUUCAUUUUUUCAUUCUUUCAUUUCUUUCUUUUUCUUUUCUUUUUUUUCUUUCUUUCUUUUCUUUUCUUCAUUCUCUUUUCAUUUUCCUUUCCUUUCAUUUCUUUUCUUUUUCUUUUUUCUUUUCAUUCUCAAUUUCAUUUUCUUUUUUUUUCUUUCUUUCUUUUCCUUCAUUCUUUCAUUGUUCUUUUUCUUUCAUUCUCUCAUUUCCUUUUUUCUUUUCUUCUUUUCUUUCAUUUCUUUUUUUCUUUCAUUCUUUUUAUUUUUCUUUUCUUUCAUUUCUUUUUCUUUUCUUUCUUUUCAUUCUCAAUUUCAUUUCUUUCUUUUUUCUUUCAUUCUCAAUUCCAUUUGUUUCUUUAUUUCAUUUCAUUCCAUUUUUUUUUUUUCUUUCAUUCUCAGUUUUUUUUUCUCUUCUCUUUCUUUCAUUUCCAUUUCUUUUUUCUUUCUUCAUUUCUUUCUUUCAUUUUCUUUUUUCUUUCAUUUCUUUUUUUUCUUUCAUUUUUUCAUUUUUCUCUUCUUUCAUUCUCUUUUUUUUUUCUCUUUCAUUUUCUUUUUUUUUUCUUUUCUCUUUCAUUUCUUUCCAUUUUUUCUUUCGUUUUUCAUUCUUUUCUUUUGUUCUUUUCUCCUUCAUUCUUUCAUUUCUUCUUUUCUUUCAUUCAUUUCAUUUUUCUUUCUUUUUUUUCUUUCAUUUUUCUUUCUUUCAUUCUCAAUUUCUUUUUUCAUUCUCAGUUUCUUUUUUUUUUUCUCUUUCAUUCUUUCCAUUUUUUCUUUUUCUUUUUCUCUUUCCAUUUUUCUUUCUUUCUUUCAUUUUUUUUUUCAUUCUCUUUCUUUCAUUCUUUUUCAUUUUUCUUUUUCUUUCAUUUCUUUUUCAUUAUUUUUUUCUCUUUCAUUCUCAAUUUCAUUUCUUUCUCUUCUUUUCAUUUCUUUCUUUUUUUUUCCUUUUCUUUCAUUCUCUUUUUUUUUUCAUUCUCUUUUCUUUCAUUCUCAAUUUCUUUCAUUCUUCUUUUCAUUCUCAUUCCAUUUGUUCUUUUUCUUUCAUUUCAUUUCCAUUUUUCUUUUUUCUUUCAUUUCAUUUUUCUUUCUUUCUUUUCUUCAAUUUCUUUCAUUUUCAUUUCAAUUUCUUUUUUCAUUUCAAUUCCAUUUCUUUCUCCUUUCAUUUCUUUCAUUUUUUUUUCAAUUUCAUUUCUUUCAUUCUUUCUUUUCUUUCAUUCUCAUUCCAUUUCAUUUCUUCUCCUUCAUUUUUUCCAUUUGUUUUUUUUCUUUCAUUCUCAAUUCCAUUUUUUCUCUUUCAAUUCAUUCUCAUUCCAUUCUUUCUUUCUUUUUCAUUCUCAUUUUCUUUCAUUCUUUUCUUUCUUUUUCAUUCUCAUUUUGUUCUUUCUUUCAUUCUCAUUUUUUUUUUCUUUCAUUCUCAUUCCAUUUUUCUCUUCUCUUUUCAUUUCUUUCAUUUUCUUUUCUCCUUCAUUCUCAGUUUCAUUCUUUUUUUCUUUCAUUCUCAUUUUCUUUUUCUUUCAUUUUCUUUCAAUUCAAUUUUUUCAUUCUUUCUUUUUUUCAUUCAUUCAUUUCUUUCAUUCUUCAUUUCUUUCAUUUUCUUUUUUUUUUCUUUUUCUUUUUCAUUUUUCUCUUCUUCUUCAUUUUUUUCUUUUUUCUCUUUUCAUUUUCCAUUUAUUUCUUUUCUCUUUCUUUUCUCUUUCAUUUUCUUUUCUUUUCAUUCUUCAUUUUUCAUUUUCUUUCUUUUUCUUUCUUUCAUUCUUUCUUUCAUUUUCAAUUUCUUCUUUCAUUUCUUCUCAUUUUUUCUUUUCUUUUCUUCAUUUUCUUUCCAUUUCUUCUUUUCUUUCAUUCUCAAUUUCCAUGUCAUUUUCUUUCUUUCUUUCAUUCAUUCUCAUUUCUUUCAUUUUUUUUUCUUUCAUUCUUCCUUUUCUCAUUUCAUUUUCUUUCUUUCAUUUUUUCCAUUUGUUUUUUCUCUUUCAUUCUUCUUUCAUUUUUCUCUUUCUUUCAUUCUCAAUUUCUUUUGUUUUCUUUCUUUCAUUCUCACUUUCCAUUUUUUUUUUCUUUCAUUCUUUCCAUUCUUUUCUUUCUUUCUUUCAUUCUCAUAG